CAUAAGACAUCAUCGAUAGAUCUAUACUAUCAUUUACUUUGCUAUUUAUUGCAUAGACUUAGAGUCGUGUUUUUACUAGACCAUCUAUACCUCGAUUUAUUAUACAGCAUCUACAAAAUUAUCAUCCAAAAUGCCUAUCGCCUUAACGCCGCCUCCAGUACCUGAGGUCAAGAGCCUCGGCGUUGCCCAGACUCAACCAGCGAAACGAAAGAUUAUCUGCUUCUCUGACUUCGAUGGCACAAUAUUCAUGCAAGAUACCGGUCACGUCCUCUUCGACAACCACGGCUGCGGCUCGAAACGAAGAGAAAUGCUAGACGAACAAAUCAAGACCGGCGAGCGAUCGUUCCGCGACGUCUCCGAAGAAAUGUGGGGUUCUUUGAACGUACCUUUCGAGGACGGCUUUGAAGUAAUGGAGAAGUCACUCGAGAUCGACCCGGACUUCCAAAGCUUUCACAAGUUUUGCAUCAACAACAACAUUCCCUUCAAUGUUAUCUCCGCUGGCCUGAAACCUAUCUUAAGAAGAGUCCUUGAUACUUUCCUCGGCGAAGAUGAAUCAUCGCAUAUUGAUAUCGUGGCGAACGAUGCGAAUAUUUCGGCUGAUGGCUCGGAGUGGAAGCCUAUCUGGCGCCAUGACACCGAGCUUGGCCAUGAUAAGGCUCUGUCUAUCAUCGAAGCCCGCAAGGAAGCCGAACUCACAUGCGACGACGGAACAAUCCCUCUUAUCGUAUUUAUCGGCGACGGUGUUUCCGAUCUCCCCGCCGCCCGCGAAGCCGACGUACUAUUCGCGCGCCGCGGGUUGAGAUUAGAAGAGUACUGCGUCGAGCACAAGAUCCCAUACAUACCCUUCGACACCUUUGCCGACAUCCAGCGUGAGAUUGAGCGCAUCCGCGAGGAAGACGAGAAGAAGACCGGUGGCAAGGGUGUGCCCGUUCGCUUCAACCCCCGCGCAAACCUCUGGCGUCGUGUCUCGAGCAAGACUGCGGUGCCACGAUAUGUAGUUAUGUCUCCGACUAAGGAGGAGAAGAUGUUCUUGUGGCCCGAGGUUUUUACCGAGCUUAAGGCCCCGGUGACAGUGGAUGUUGCGGCUGCGCAACCACCGGUGCGGAGCGCUGCUUAGGGCACUCGCCCCACUAAUAUGUCUUGCGUUAUGAAGCAUGAUAUGGCGUUCACUUUGAUUGAUAUUUCUUUAUUUACACGGCAUUGCACGGCGAUUGGGGUUUACACGAUACACCGGAUUAUGAUAAUACAAGGCCAUGGCGUUUCGGUUGUUGAACUGAUUAUGAAGAUGAUUAUGAGGUACAUCUAGACUCUAGCAUAGAGUUGUCUCUUCUUCAGAAUACGAUAAAAUUCUAGAGAAAUACAAUUUUUCAAUUUCAAGCCUCUGAUUCAGUGACAUCCUGCAUGUAGGACAUACAGCUACUGUGUUGAGGCCUCUCGGAGAAUUAACAGCCCCCAAUUAUUACGUAGUGCAUGAUAUAGACGAGUUGUGAUUGGAGCAUCGUCACUUUU